ACGUCACGGGGUGGGAUUUCAAUAUGGAGCCCGUGGGGCAAAUCCGGGGAAAGAUAGAGGAGCUAGUGAAUCAGAGCGCACGCUGCCACUGAGGUGCUCUUUGGCGAGUGAGGCGGGGUGGGGGGAGUGAAAAGACUUAGAAUACAGCCCCUGCUGCGGAUCUGUAAGCCGAGCUUCUCUUACGUGCGUGCGUGUGAGUGAGAGAGACACACACAGACACACCGAGACGUGCUCACAACUCUAAAGUUCUCAAAGGAUAUAAAGAAAAAGCAUAGCUGCAGACUGAAUCACAGUCAUCUAUGAAGAAGUGACAGCCGACACCAGGGGGAAUCUGCUUAAAGAUCAUUACUUGAAGAAGCCCCCUCGCUUUGUGUUUCUGGAUGGAGCGCCGAUGUCUGCUGGCCGCAGUUGCCUCCUGCUGGAUUCGGAUUUCCCUGAUUUGAUUUCACGCAGCGACAAGGGGACCUGCUGCAAAGUCCGCGCUCUGUUCACUUCUCAGGACCUGCAGAAUCGUGUGCAAACAAAGAAGGAUGUGGAGCCGUCCAGCCCGUCUCCUGUCCAGCGCGGCGUCUAUUCUGUUCUUACGGCUGGCUUCGUGGUCCUGACAUUUGCGGAAAGAGAGCAGUUGCAGAAUGCUGCGGACCACCCGGGUCAAUUGGCCUUGAUAACCGUUAACGUUGAAACUGACGAGCCCGGUGAAACCAGGCCGCCGAAGCCGAGGACUCCCGUUUGUUUACUACCUUUGGAACGCCUGUCCGAGGGAUCUCACCGCCCCUCCUCCACCGCCAGCACCGCCACCACUCUCUUAAGUUUUAGCAGGCGGUGUGUUUAGAUUAUUACACAACUAAAAUGAAGUGGAUCUUUGUGGAUUUACUCCAGAUCUAUUUAUGUAUACUGCUUCUCGAAAACUGUUGUUUGGGAAUACCGUCCGGCUGCAAAUCAUUUGAGGAGCGACCAAAGGCUUCUGGAAAAACUGGACUCUCCUCCUCUUCCUCUCCGACUCUGGAAAAGAAAGUGGUUUGCAGUAAUAUGGACAUGGUCCAGCUUAUCCCUCCCGAGAAACUACCGAACAGGACAGUGACCUUGAUCCUAAGCAGCAAUAAAAUAGAAGAACUGAAGAAUGGUUCCUUUACGGGCCUUUCUGUGCUUGAAAGAUUAUACCUGCAAAACAACCAGAUAAACAGUAUAGAGCCUGGGGCUUUUCUGGGUCUUCUGGCACUAAAAAGACUGGAUUUGUCAAAUAACAGGAUUGGCUGCCUCCAUGCUGACAUGUUUAAAGGUCUCCCAAAUCUCAUCAGACUAAACCUUUCUGGAAAUAUAUUUACAUCCUUGUCUCAAGGUACUUUUGAUCACCUCGCUUCUUUAAAGACACUAGAAUUUCAAACACAGUAUCUCCUUUGUGACUGCAAGCUUCUUUGGUUGAUGUUCUGGAUUAAGGAGAGAAACAUAACUGUGCGUGAAAGCCGGUGUGCAUAUCCAAGGUCUCUUCAAGGACAGCUAGUGACUAUAGUCAAACCUGAACUUUUGACUUGUGAUGCCCCACUGGAGCUACCGUCUUUUCAAAUGACCCCUUCUAACCAUCAGAUAGUGUUUGAAGGAGACAGCCUUCCAUUUCAGUGCAUGGCUUCAUACAUUGAUCAAGAUAUGCAGGUGUUAUGGUAUCAAGAUGGUAAAGUGGUGGAGCCAAAUGCAUCUCAGGGAAUUUACAUUGAAAAGACAAAAGUGCAGAAUUGCUCACUUAUUGCAAGUGCUUUAACAAUUUCCAAUAUUCAGACUGGUUCUAAUGGGAAAUGGGAGUGUCGUGUGCGGACACGAAGAGGGAAUAACACAAGAACAGUCCGCAUUGUAGUGUUGGAAAGUACAGCUCAGUAUUGUCCACCUGAGAGAGUAAUCAACAACAAAGGAGAUUUCAGGUGGCCAAGGACACUGGCUGGCAUAACUGCAUAUCAGCUUUGCACUCGCUAUUCUGCAGGGAGUGGCAUUUAUCCAGGACUGUCCUCAGAUGAGAGAAAGGCUUGGAGACGUUGUGACCGUGGUGGAUUUUGGGCCGAGGAAGAUUAUUCAAGGUGUCAGUAUGCAAGUGAUGCAACUCGCGUAUUAUAUAUCAUUAACCAGAUGCCUCUUAAUCUCACAAAUGCUGUAACAACAGCACGACAACUGCUGGCUUACACUGUUGAAGCUGCAAACUUUUCAGACAAGAUGGACGUAAUAUUUGUGGCACAGAUGAUUGAGAAGUUUGCAUGGUUUGCAGAGAAAUAUAAAGAGCUUGGAGAUGUCAUGGUAGACAUAGCCAGCAAUGUCAUGCUAGCUGAUGAGAGAGUCCUAUGGAUGGCUCAAAGAGAAGCAAAAGCAUGUACACGUAUUGUACAGUGUUUACAGAAGAUUGCAAGCUACCGGCUGUCAAGUGGGGCACAGGUUUAUUCCACGUAUUCUCCAAACAUUGCACUGGAGGCAUAUGUCAUCAAAGCCAGCAGUUUCUCAGGAAUGACUUGCACAGUGUUCCAGAAACUGACAAUAGAUCGUACUAUUUUGGGAGAAUUUGGAAGGAGAGAUCCUGAUAUGAAUCUUGACAAGCAACUUAGCUUUAAAUGCAAUGUAACCAAUACACUCUCCAGUAUUGCUCUUAAGAAUACCAUUGUAGAAGCUUCAAUUCAGCUGCCUUCUAAUCUCUUCUCCCAACAAAGUAUUUCUGGACAAAGUGAUGAUGCUAUUUACAAGUUACAGCUCAUAGCAUUUAGGAAUGGGAAGCUUUUUCCAGCAACAGGAAACACAUCCUCUUUAGCUGAUGAUGGCAAAAGAAGAACUGUAGCAACUCCUGUCAUAUUAACAAAGUUAGAUGGUUUUAUUGUGAAGGACCUGCGCAGUCCCAUCAAUGUGACCUUGCGACGUAUAGCACAUGGAGUAGAUGCUGUGGCAGCAAUGUGGAAUUUUAGCCUUCUUGGAGGACAAGGAGGAUGGGCAUCUGAAGGCUGCAUUAUCCUCUAUUCUGAUGAUAACAUCACCACAAUUCAGUGCAAUUCGCUGAGCAACUAUGCAGUGCUGAUGGAUUUAACUGGAGCAGAGUAUUUCACCCAAUCUGCUGAUCUUCUGCACCCAGUAAUUUAUGCCAGUGCUGUUGUUCUACUCCUGUGCCUCCUGCUGAUCAUCAUCAGCUACGUUUGUCAUUACAGUUUGAUACGGAUAAGCCGAAAGAGCUGGCACAUGCUGGUUAAUCUCUGCUUUCAUAUUUUCCUGACGUGUGCAGUAUUUAUUGGGGGAAUCAGUCAGAUAAAGAAUGCAAGCUUCUGUCAAGCGGUGGGUAUCAUACUGCACUACUCCACACUUGCUACUAUCCUUUGGGUUGGUGUCACUGCAAGAAAUAUCUAUAAGCAGGUGACCAGAAAAGCUAAACACUGCGAAGACUUGGAUGAGCCACCACCUCCUCCUCGACCAAUGCUUAGAUUUUAUCUAAUUGGUGGAGGCAUCCCUGUUAUUGUCUGCGGUAUAACAGCAGCUGCAAAUAUAAAAAACUAUGGCAGUCGAGCAAAUGCACCAUAUUGCUGGAUGGCACGAGAACCCAGCCUUGGAGCGUUUUAUGGACCAGCAGGCUUCAUCAUCUUUGUAAACUGUAUGUAUUUUCUUAGCAUCUUCAUCCAGCUAAAACGGCAUCCUGAGAAAAAAUAUGAGCUGAAAGAGAUGGCUGAAGAGCAGCAACGCCUGGCAGCUAAUGAAAACGGGGAAACUAACCUAAAUGAUUCCAUAUCAGUGUCUCAUGGAAAUUACUCUGUUGUGUCAGCCUCUGCACUAGAAAAUGAGCAUACAUUUCAUGCACAACUUUUUGGUGCCAGCAUGACUUUGCUAAUGUUCGUCAGCCUGUGGACUUUUGGAGCAUUGUCCGUAUCCAUGGAUUACCCAUUGGAUCUUAUUUUUAGCUGCCUUUUUGGAGUUGUGGCUUUAGGCUUAGGUGGCUUUUUAGUACUUCAUCACUGUGUUAACCGGGAUGAUGUGCGCCGUUACUGGACAUCUGCUUGUUGCCCAGGAAGGAGCAGCUACUCUGUACAGGUAAAUGUGCAGCCAGGAGAUUCAAGUGCAAGUAACAGAGAUGCUCCCAAAUGUACAAACAGCAGUGCAGAGUCGUCAUGUACCAAUAAAAGUGUGUCCUCUAUUAAAAACUCCUCCCAUGGCUGCAAGCUAACUAACCUGCAGGCUGAAGCAGCCCAGUGCAAAACAAACCCAACUGCCACUAACACAGCAACUCAGCUGGACAACAGUCUAACGGAACACUCCAUAGACAAUGACAUUAAAAUGCAUGUGGCCCCUUUAGAGGUGCAAUUCAGACCGAAUGGACACCCAAGUAGACAUCAUAAAAACAGGACUAGAGCUCACAGGGCCAGCAGACUCACCGUGUUAAGGGAGUAUGCAUAUGAUGUCCCUACUAGUGUGGAAGGCAGCGUGCAGAAUGGCUUGGCAAAAAGUCGACACAGCACCUAUGAUAGCCACACAAGGAGUCGCAGGGCUGCGUACCUGGCAUACAGAGAGCGGCAUUACAACCAGUGCCAUCAGGACAGCAGUGAUGCCAGUACCACUUUGCCAAAGUACAACAAAUGCAUUGACAAGGGUGGAGGUGGAGGAGGGACAUCUACCAACAGUAAGGACAGCUUAAAACAGUCAAGCAUGGUUGAGCUUGACAGUCAAUCAAAGUCAUAUGGCUUAAAUCUGGCGAGCCAGAAUGGACCUCUGAAAGAAAGUGGCCAGGAGGCGCCAUUAAUAAAUACAGAAAAUGGUAACAUAAAAACCGGCUUAUGGAAACAUGAAACUACUGUGUAGUAAUGUUUUUGUUUUCAUCUCUUUUUCUAAAUUUGUAAGUCAUUCUCACUUUUUUCAUGAUGAAAAAAUAAAAAAGAAGCUUUAGUUUUACCACUCUGUGCAAUUAUAUGAAGACGUGUUUUGUACAUCUCUGUAAAUUGUCUAUUUUUGUAUCAUUUAAUUGUUUUAAUAUACAGUUCUUAAAUAUGUAAUUUUAGAUGUAAAGUGCACAAGUUGUUUUGGCCAAAAAAGCAAUAUGUGGCCCAGCCAUUUUGGGUUCUGUAAAUUCUCAAUAAAAGAAAGAAGACAUAACACAAAUUGGUAUAGUAAUACUAAUUUCUACUAAACAGAGAAAACUAUGCCUAACAUGUUAAAACAUUGCCAAACAUAGAUUAACAUGAUAAAGCCUGUUUCAAAAAAAUAUAUACAUAUAAAUGUUCAGUAACCCACACAGGUCCUCCCUUGGACUCUGUUGAUUUAAGACUGAGUCACAUUUAGCUACAUUAUUGUAAACACUGUUUUGAUAUAUGAGACAUUUUACUUGCUAUGAUCAUGUUUCCCUCCUUUAAAAAAAAUUCAAAUGCAUUUUGAUUCCCCUUAAUAUACACAAAGGUGUUUUUUCUUUUCAAUGUAUCACUUUCUCUUGUUUGAAAUUUUUAUUGAAUGGAGGUAUAGUAGCAGAUUGUU